CGCGACAACGCGCGGGGCCGGCGGAAAUGGUGCUGAUGUCCCGCGGCGGGCCUGGGGGCCGCCAACACCGUCGUCCUCCCGGGCCCGCCGAACGCGGUGCCCAACCCAGUCCCUUACCUACCGCUCGGGGACGCGGCCCGGGGGACCAGCCGGGCCCCCAGCAUGGUGCUCAAGGCCUUCUUCCCCACAUGCUGUGCCUCGGCAGACAGUGGCCUAUUAGUGGGACGGUGGGUCCCAGGACAGAGUAGUGCUGUGAUCCUGGCGGUGGUGCACUUUCCCUUCAUCCCCAUCCAAGUCAAAGAGUUCCUGGCCCAGGUGCAGAAGGCCAGCCAGGUACAAGUGGCUGUGCUAGGCACCUGGUGCCACCGUCAUCAGGAACCAGAGGAGAGCCUGGGGAAUUUCCUGGAGGGCCUGGGGGCCAUCUUCUCCCAUGAUCCCUGGUUGCAGAUAUGCCGGGAGAGGGGUACCAGACUGUGGAGCUGCAAGGCCACUUACCAUCAGAUGUCUAACACUCCGGACACACCCACUGAAGACCAGGUCAUGCUCAUUUUCUAUGAUCAGCGCAAGCUGCUGCUCUCCUGGCUGCAUCCCCCUCCAGUACUGCCUGACUGCCAGAUUGGAGACACCCCAGCCAGCACCGGAGGCCUAGCUGACAUCUUUGACACAGUGGCACGCAGCGAGGUGCUCUUCCGAAAUGACCAAUUUGAUGAGGGACCUGUACGCCUGAGCCACUGGCAAUCCGAGGGAGUGGAGGCCAGUAUACUCGUGGAGUUGGCAAAGCGGGCCUCUGGGCCUGUCUGCCUGCUGCUGGCUUCUCUGCUGUCCCUGGUCUCAGCAGCUAGUGCCUGCCGGCUCUGGAAGCUGUGGCCCCUUUCCUUCAUCAGAAGCAAGCUCUCCACUUGUGAGCAGCUCCAGCACCGGCUGAAGCACCUCUCACUCAUCUUCAGCACCGAGAAAGCCCAGAGUCCCAUGCAGCUGAUGAGGAAAGCCAACACGCUGGCUUCUGUGCUGCUGGACGUGGCCCUUGGCUUGCUGCUGCUCUCCUGGCUCCACAGCAAUAACCGAAUUGGACAGCUGGCCAACGCCCUGGUCCCUGUGGCUGAUCGCGUGGCUGAGGAGCUCCAGCAUCUGCUGCAGUGGCUGAUGGGUGCUCCUGCUGGGCUCAAGAUGAAUCGGGCACUGGAUCAGGUGCUAGGCCGCUUUUUCCUGUACCACAUCCAUCUGUGGAUCAGCUAUAUCCACCUUAUGUCCCCCUUUAUUGAGCACAUCCUGUGGCAUGUGGGACUCUCAGCCUGCCUCGGACUGACUGUUGCUCUGUCCAUCUUUUCGGACAUCAUUGCCCUUCUUACGUUUCACAUCUACUGCUUCUAUGUCUACGGUGCCAGGCUGUACUGCCUGAAGAUCUAUGGCCUCUCCUCUCUCUGGCGUCUGUUCCGGGGGAAGAAGUGGAAUGUUCUACGCCAGCGUGUGGAUUCUUGUUCCUAUGACCUUGACCAGCUCUUCAUUGGGACCCUGCUCUUCACCAUCCUGGUCUUCUUGCUGCCCACCACCGCUCUGUACUACCUGGUGUUUACCCUGCUCCGGCUCCUGGUGAUCACUGUGCAGGGCUUAAUCCAUCUGCUUGUAGACCUCAUCAAUUCCCUGCCACUAUACUCCCUUGGCCUUCGACUCUGCCGACCCUACAGGCUGGCAGCUGGUGUGAAGUUCAGAGUUCUGGAAAAGGAGGCAGGGAGGCCCCUCCGUCUCCUGAUGCAGAUAAACCCUCUGCCCUAUAACCACGUGGUGCACACCUACCGUCUGCCUAGCUGUGGCUGCCAUCCCAAGCACUCCUGGGGUACCCUGUGCCGAAAGCUGUUCUUCGGAGAGCUCAUCUAUCCCUGGAGGCAGAGAGAGGACAAACAGGACUGAGGAACUGGACAUGGUCUCCUCAGAGCUACUGCACGCCAUCGUGCCUCUCCUCCUUCCAGGAUUGCAGCACUGACCGUGGGCUCAUCACAGGUCCACACGGGCUGACCGACCAAACACUCCGUGUGCUCAGUGUAGGGCAGGCCUUACCUGCCAGCUUCAGUCUGACACUCUGCCUGGCACAGGGGUUCUCAACCUUCCCAAAGCUGUGACCCUUUAAUAUAGUUCCUCAUGUUGUGGGAACUCCAACCAUAAAAUUAUUUUCUUUUUUUUUUUUUUUGUUUUUUGUUUUUUGUUUUUUUUGUUUUUUGAGACAGGGUUUCUUUGUGUAGCUCUGGCAGUCCUAGAACUCACUCUGUAGACCAGACUGGCCUCAAACUCAGAAAUUCGCCUGCCUCUGCCUCCCAAGUGCUGGUAUUAAAGGCAUGUGCCGCCACUGCCCAGCAUAAUUUUCAUAACUGUAA